AUGGCUGCCGCGGACGAAACUCUCGCCGCCGCGACGGCCGUUCUUCAGAACCUGGCGAGAGAGGAGCCCACUCCGGGGUCUUCAUCACCCCCAUUUGAUUUUCAAUUUCCUGUGUCAAAUGGCACAAAAUCUGCAAGAUUGCCCGGAGACCCAAGCCCGGCAAAGGCAGCCUUUGAGUCUGAACUGGAGGCCUUGGUGCGCCGGGUGCACCAUCUGGAAUUCCAAGCUGUCAGUCACCAAAAGUCCCCCGACGUUUCCCAACAGGGAUCGCCGCCUGCUUUUGGACCCAACGAGCAGGCGCCCGAUUUCCUGCGGACCUUUGGGCUCUUUCGCUUGUCGUCCGAUCUUGGUUCUGACUCUUCUUGCCCUACACAGCAGCAACACUUGAAUCAACCCGGUCGGCGACAGCGAACUCCUGCCCCUCCCGAAGAACACCACUCGACGGUCGAGGUUGAUGAAGACGAAACCGAAGACGAGGACGAAAAUGGGACGCGGACCCGCGUAGUCCGCGAGGAAGACAUCAGUUUUCUCCGCAACCAUGUACAGAAACAAGCCGAGGAAAUCAGUUUCCAGAAGGACAUCAUCGCCCAAGUUCGAGAUGAGCUCCAGACGCAAGAAGAGCGCACCCGGCGCGCCUUGACUAAGGUCGAGAACGAAGAUGUCGUCCUCCUCGAACGAGAGUUACGCAAGCAUCAGCAGGCCAACGAGGCUUUCCAAAAAGCUUUGCGGGAAAUCGGCGGCAUCAUCACACAGGUUGCCAACGGUGAUCUGUCGAUGAAGGUGCAGAUUCACCCGCUGGAGAUGGACCCGGAAAUCGCUACUUUCAAACGAACGAUCAAUACGAUGAUGGACCAGCUGCAGGUCUUUGGCAGUGAGGUGUCUCGUGUGGCCCGUGAGGUCGGAACAGAAGGAAUACUUGGUGGUCAAGCCCAGAUCACUGGCGUCCAUGGUAUCUGGAAGGAACUCACGGAGAAUGUCAACAUCAUGGCCAAGAAUCUGACGGAUCAGGUGCGAGAAAUCGCGGCUGUCACUACGGCCGUCGCGCACGGUGAUCUGAGUCAAAAGAUUGAGAGCCGCGCUCAGGGCGAGAUUUUGGAACUGCAACAGACGAUCAAUACCAUGGUAGACCAACUGCGAACCUUUGCUACGGAAGUGACCCGAGUCGCGCGUGAUGUUGGUACAGAAGGUGUACUUGGCGGCCAAGCUCAAAUUGAAGGUGUCCAGGGCAUGUGGAACGAACUCACUGUUAAUGUCAACGCCAUGGCGAACAACCUGACUACUCAGGUGCGAGAUAUUGCUACGGUCACUAAGGCGGUGGCCAAGGGUGACCUGACGCAGAAGGUGCAAGCCAACUGCCGAGGAGAAAUUGCAGAGCUGAAAAACAUUAUCAACUCCAUGGUGGAUCAACUGCGGCAGUUUGCUCAGGAAGUGACGAAGAUCGCCAAGGAGGUCGGUACAGAUGGUGUCCUAGGUGGUCAAGCCACUGUCAACGAUGUCGAAGGCACAUGGAAAGAUUUGACGGAGAACGUCAACCGCAUGGCCAACAACCUGACUACGCAAGUGCGUGAGAUUGCAGAUGUCACUACUGCAGUCGCAAAGGGCGAUCUGACCAAGAAGGUCACCGCCAACGUCCAAGGAGAAAUCCUGGAUCUGAAGAGCACCAUCAACGGCAUGGUGGACCGAUUGAAUACGUUCGCUUUCGAGGUUAGCAAGGUCGCCCGAGAGGUCGGCACAGAUGGUACCCUUGGCGGACAAGCCAAGGUCGAUAAUGUGGAAGGAAAGUGGAAAGAUCUGACCGACAAUGUCAACACCAUGGCCCAGAACUUGACUUCACAAGUGCGGAGUAUUUCCGACGUUACCCAGGCCAUUGCAAAGGGUGAUCUCAGCAAGAAGAUUGAAGUGCAUGCCCAGGGAGAAAUUCUAACCCUCAAGGUCACUAUCAAUCACAUGGUGGGUCGACUCGCUAAGUUCGCGACUGAACUGAAGAAGGUGGCCCGCGAUGUCGGCGUCGAUGGCAAGAUGGGCGGACAGGCCAACGUCGAGGGUAUUGCUGGAACCUGGAAGGAGAUCACGGAGGAUGUCAAUACCAUGGCCGAAAACCUGACCUCCCAAGUGCGCGCGUUUGGUGAGAUCACUGAUGCUGCCACGGACGGUGACUUUACCAAGCUCAUCACGGUCAACGCCUCUGGCGAAAUGGACGAGCUGAAGCGCAAGAUCAACAAGAUGGUUUCCAAUCUCCGAGACAGUAUUCAGCGAAACACGGCAGCCAGGGAAGCAGCUGAGCUGGCCAACCGCACGAAAUCCGAAUUCCUGGCCAACAUGAGUCACGAAAUCCGAACUCCGAUGAACGGUAUUAUUGGCAUGACGCAACUGACGCUUGAUACGGACGACCUGAAGCCAUAUACACGGGAAAUGUUGAAUGUUGUUCACAACCUGGCGAACAGCUUACUCACGAUCAUCGACGAUAUACUCGAUAUCUCGAAGAUCGAAGCCAACCGGAUGGUCAUCGAGAGCAUUCCAUUCACCGUUCGGGGCACCGUCUUCAAUGCAUUGAAGACAUUAGCGGUCAAGGCCAACGAGAAGUUCCUCAGUCUGACGUAUCAGGUGGACAACACCGUUCCCGAUUAUGUGAUUGGAGACCCCUUCCGUCUGCGCCAGAUCAUCCUUAACUUGGUUGGCAAUGCCAUCAAAUUCACCGAGCAUGGAGAGGUCAAACUCACCAUCCGCAAGUCCGAUAGGGAGCAGUGCACUGUCAACGAGUAUGCUUUUGAAUUCUCGGUCUCUGACACCGGUAUUGGUAUUGAGGAAGAUAAGCUGGAUCUCAUCUUCGACACCUUCCAACAAGCCGAUGGAUCAACUACCCGAAGAUUCGGUGGAACCGGCUUGGGUCUCUCCAUCUCGAAGCGUCUGGUGAACCUGAUGGGUGGUGAUGUUUGGGUUACUUCUGAAUAUGGACAUGGAAGUACAUUCCAUUUCACCUGCGUGGUCAAGCUCGCCGAUCAGUCUCUGAAUGUCAUCGCCAACCAACUCCUGCCGUACAGGAACCACCGUGUUCUGUUCAUUGACAAGGGCCAGAACGGCGCCCAGGCGGCCAACGUUAUGAAGAUGCUCAAGAAGAUCGAGUUGGAACCGUUGGUUGUGCGGAAUGAGGAACAUGUCCCGCCACCGGAGAUUCAAGAUCCCUCUGGCAAGGAAUCGGGCCACGCAUACGAUGUUAUCAUUGUGGACUCUGUGGACACUGCUCGGAUUCUGCGGACGUUUGAUGAGUUCAAGUACAUUCCCAUCGUCCUGGUUUGUCCCUUGGUCUGCGUGAGCUUGAAGUCUGCCUUGGAUCUGGGUAUCAGCUCGUACAUGACCACGCCCUGCCAACCGAUCGAUCUUGGAAACGGCAUGCUUCCGGCACUGGAAGGACGCUCGACACCAAUCACCACGGACAACUCUCGUUCGUUCGAUAUCCUUCUUGCUGAGGAUAACGACGUGAAUCAGCAGCUCGCCAUGAAGAUUCUCCAGAAACACAACCACAAUGUCUACGUUGUUGGCAACGGCCUGGAAGCCGUGGAAGCCGUCAAGCAACGUCGGUACGAUGUGAUUCUCAUGGAUGUCCAAAUGCCGGUCAUGGGUGGAUUUGAAGCCACCGGCAAGAUUCGCGAGUACGAGCGGGAGAGCGGGUUCCAGCGGACCCCGAUCAUCGCGCUUACGGCCCACGCCAUGUUGGGUGAUCGCGAGAAGUGCAUCCAAGCCCAGAUGGAUGAAUAUCUUUCGAAGCCGCUCAAACAGAACCAGAUGAUGCAGACCAUCUUGAAGUGCGCGACGCUUGGUGGCUCGCUGUUGGAGAAGAGCAAGGAAUCCAGAAUCUCAAGCAGUGGAGAGAUGCAUCCGAUCCACUCAUCCGCUCCUGAAAACAAUCAGAGCCAACAACGGACAAAUCAGCAGCUGAAAAUGGAGCCGCUGCCAGACCCGCGACGGCCUGCUGCAGAGACUCGGGCCGUUACCACGGGUCCCGUCACCCGAGGAAGCGCUGCUAGUCCAAACGGAGGCAAGGACGAAGAAAUGAUUGAUGACCGGGUACGUUAG